AUGUCACCGGCUGCCGAACGCCUCCGCUACAUCCUGGGGGAAGACGAUGAGCCUCCCAACCCCACGGUCUUCACGGAGAUGGACACGCUGCAGCACGACGGCGAGGAGAUGGAGUGGAAAGAGUCGGCCAGGUGGAUAAAGUUUGAAGAAAAGGUGGAGGAAGGCGGGGAGAGGUGGAGCAAGCCCCACGUGUCCACGUUGUCUUUGCACAGCCUGUUUGAGCUGCGGACGUGUCUACAGACGGGAACGGUGCUCCUGGACUUAGAUGGCUACUCUUUGCCCCAAAUUAUAGACGAUGUCAUUGAGAAGCAGAUCGAAGACGGUCUGCUCAAGCCAGAGCUGCGGGAGAAGAUAAGCUACGUGCUCCUCAGGAAGCACCGUCACCAAACCAAGAAGCCAAUCCACCGGUCCUUGGCCGACAUCGGAAAGUCCGUCUCCUCCAACACAACCCGCAGCCCCGUCCGGAGCCCGGCCGCCGGCGCUGCCUUCCACCGCUCCACCCAGGGCUACGGCCGCCUGCGUCACGCGCAGAGUCGAAGCAUGAACGACAUCUCGGACACGCCGAGCACCGACCAGCUGAAGAACAAGUUCAUCAAGAAGAUCCCCAAGGAUGCGGAGGCCUCCAACGUGCUGGUGGGAGAAGUGGAGUUCCUGGAGAAGCCCUUUGUGGCUUUUGUGCGGCUCCUUCAGGCGACGAUGCUGGGAGGGGUGACGGAGGUGCCCGUCCCCACCAGGUUCCUCUUUAUUCUCCUUGGUCCCGCGGGAAAAGCCAAAUCCUACAACGAGAUAGGCAGAGCCAUCGCGACCCUCAUGGUGGAUGAUCUCUUCAGCGACGUUGCCUACAGAGCCCGGGAUAGAGAAGACCUGAUUGCCGGCAUAGAUGAGUUUCUGGAUGAAGUCAUUGUCCUGCCGCCCGGCGAGUGGGACCCCAACAUUAGGAUCGAGCCACCCAAAAAAGUGCCCUCGGCUGAGAAGAGGAAAUCGGUUUUCUCACUGAACGAAGUGGGGCAGAUGAACGGCACGGCCGGUGGGGCGAGCGCUGGGGGCGGUGGAGGAGGCAGCGACGAUGGGGAGAUGCCCGAAGUUCACGAAAUCGGGGAAGAGCUCGCGUGGACCGGCAGGUUUUGUGGUGGCCUCUAUUUGGAUAUCAAGAGGAAACUGCCCUGGUUCCCGAGCGACUUCUAUGAAGGCUUUCAUAUCCAGUCCAUCUCUGCCAUCUUGUUCAUCUACCUGGGCUGCAUCACCAACGCCAUCACAUUUGGGGGCUUGCUUGGGGACGCUACGGACAACUACCAGGGCGUCAUGGAGAGCUUCCUCGGCACGGCAAUGGCAGGCUCCAUGUUUUGCCUCUUUGCCGGGCAGCCUCUCAUCAUCCUCAGCAGCACCGGCCCCAUCCUCAUCUUCGAGAAGCUGCUCUUUGACUUUAGCAAAGGCAACGGCAUCGACUACAUGGAGUUUCGCCUCUGGAUCGGCUUGCACUCUGCCCUACAGUGCCUUAUCCUGGUGGCCACCGACGCCAGCUUCAUUAUAAAGUACAUCACCCGCUUCACAGAGGAAGGCUUCUCCACCCUCAUCAGCUUCAUCUUCAUCUACGACGCCAUCAAGAAGAUGAUCGGAGCUUUUAAGUACUACCCCAUCAAUUCGGACUUCAAGCCGGACUACGUGACCAUGUACAAGUGCGAGUGCAUCGCUCCCGACCCAGCCAACGCGACCUUGUUCGAUGCUUCAGCUCCAGUGGCACCAAACACCACUAACAUGUCUCUGUACAAUGCUAUUAACCUAACAGCUCUGGACUGGACUCAGCUGAGUAAGAAGGAGUGUCUCAAAUACGGCGGCAGCUUAGUGGGGAAAUCCUGUAAAUUCGUGCCCGACCUGGCCCUUAUGUCCUUCAUCCUCUUCUUCGGGACCUACUCCAUGACCUUGACCCUGAAAAAAUUCAAAUUCAGCCGCUAUUUCCCCACCAAGGUCAGGGCUUUCAUUGCUGAUUUUUCCAAUGUCUUCUCCAUCCUGCUCUUCUGCGGAGUGGAUGCCUGUUUUGGACUGGACACCCCUAAGCUCCAUAUCCCCAGUAUCAUCAAGCCCACCCGUGUGGACCGAGGGUGGUUCGUGUUUCCCUUCGGGAAGAACCCGUGGUGGGUUUACCUGGCGAGUGCCCUGCCCGCCCUCCUCGUCACCAUCCUCAUCUUCAUGGACCAGCAGAUCACAGCCGUCAUCGUCAACAGGAAGGAGCACAAGCUGCGGGUGAGCGGGGACUCGUCCCAUGCUCAGGGGCACAGCAUCGCGGAGCAGAGAGUGACGGGCAUCAUCGUCUUUGUGCUGACGGGGAUUUCCGUCUUCCUGGCCCCUAUCCUGAAGUACAUCCCCAUGCCGGUGCUGUACGGCGUCUUUCUGUACAUGGGCGUUGCAUCACUGAACGGCAUCCAGUUUUGGGACCGCUGCAAGCUCUUCCUCAUGCCGGCCAAGCACCAACCCGACUACGUCUUCCUCCGGCACGUGCCGCUGCGCCGCAUCCACCUCUUCACGCUGGUGCAGAUCGUCUGCCUGGCCAUCCUCUGGAUCCUCAAAUCCACCGUGGCCGCUAUCAUCUUCCCCGUCAUGAUUUUAGCCCUGAUCCUGGUGAGACGGCUGCUGGAUUUUGUCUUCUCCCAACAUGACCUGGCCUGGAUUGACAACAUCAUCCCCGAGAAGGAAAAGAAGAAGGAGGAUGACAAGAAGAAGAAGAAAAAAGGCAACAAAGGAGAUAGCAGCAGCGAUGAGGAGUUCCCACCUCCCUCAGUCAUUAAGAUCCCCAUGGAGCCCCUGCCAUCGCAGCCCCGAAACGGGGGUCCCCAUUGCCUCAGCCGAAAGAGGUCCUCCACCUGGAGCUUUGCUAUUACGCUUCACCUGAAGAUUUCGUGCCCGUCGUCUCCCGCAUUUAACUACUCCCGAAACCCCAUCUGCGCCGUGCCCCAGGUGAAGAUAGAGAUGGAGUCGGACUAUGAGGACACUGACACCGAAAAACCACCUCGGGACAUGGGCAGUGAGACCACGCUAUAG